AGCCGCCGCAGGGCGAAAGGUUGCGGCAGUUGGAUCCUCUGCUUUCUGUUGUCCCCACAGACCUAAGAAGCCAAGAUGGCAGCAGCCGGCCUCCUGCCACUGCCAGCAGGGCCUCCUCAGGCCAAGGUGACCUUCGAGGAUGUGGCUGUUCUGCUCUCUCAGGAGGAGUGGGCCCGCCUGGGCCCUGCUCAGCGAGGCCUCUACCGCCAUGUGAUGAUGGAGACCUAUGGGAAUGUGGUCUCACUGGGACUUCCGGGAUCCAAACCUGUUGUGAUCUCCCAGCUGGAACGAGGAGAAGAUCCGUGGGUCCUGGAUGGGCAGGGAACUGACCUGAGCCAGAGCCUGGCAAACGACCACUCAGAAUGCAAGGCCACGGAAGAGGCCCAAACCCCAGGCUUGAACGCGCAGCCGUUGAUCUCAGAUGAGGAAACAGUGACUCCGGCGGAAACACCGCCAAAGAAGGCAGAUGAAGAACCUUACAAAACAGAGCAGAACUUCUGCCUGAGUCCAAACCCCAUCGGCCCCCAGAACGUCCAGGGGUCGAACCCGAGUGCGCCACCUGCUCGGCACCCGGCAGCUCCCGGGGGAGAGAGACCCUACGUGUGCCUCGAGUGUGGCAAGCGCUUCGGUCGGAGCUCUCACCUGCUUCAGCACCAGCGAAUCCACACCGGGGAGAAGCCCUACGUGUGCCAUGCGUGCGGGAAGGCCUUCAGCCAGAGCUCGGUCCUCAGCAAGCACCGGCGGAUCCACACGGGGGAGAAGCCCUACGAGUGUAACGAGUGUGGGAAGGCCUUCCGGGUGAGCUCGGACCUCGCCCAGCACCACAAGAUCCACACGGGGGAGAAGCCCCACGAGUGCCUGGAGUGCGGCAAGGCCUUCACCCAGCUGUCGCACCUCAUCCAGCACCAGCGGAUCCACACGGGGGAGAGGCCGUACGUGUGCCCCCUGUGCGGGAAGGCCUUCAACCACAGCACCGUCCUGCGCAGCCACCAGCGCGUGCACACCGGGGAGAAGCCCCACGGCUGCAGCGAGUGCGGGAAGACGUUCAGCGUCAAGAGGACCCUGCUGCAGCACCAGCGCGUGCACACGGGCGAGAGGCCCUACGCCUGCAGCGAGUGCGGCAAGGCCUUCAGCGACCGCUCGGUGCUCAUCCAGCACCACAACGUGCACACGGGCGAGAAGCCCUACGAGUGCGGCGAGUGCGGCAAGACCUUCAGCCACCGCUCCACCCUCAUGAACCACGAGAGGAUCCACACGGAGGAGAAGCCCUACGCGUGCUACGAGUGCGGGAAGGCCUUCGUGCAGCACUCGCACCUCAUCCAGCACCAGAGGGUCCACACCGGCGAGAAGCCCUACGUGUGCGGCGAGUGCGGGCACGCCUUCAGCGCGCGCCGGUCCCUGGUCCAGCACGAGCGCAUCCACACGGGCGAGAAGCCCUUCCGGUGCAGCGAGUGCGGCAAGGCCUUCAGCCUGAAAGCCACGCUCAUCGUGCACCUGAGGACCCACACCGGCGAGAGGCCCUACGAGUGCAACAGCUGCGGCAAGGCCUUCAGCCAGUACUCCGUGCUCAUCCAGCACCAGCGCAUCCACACGGGCGAGAAGCCCUACGAGUGCGGCCAGUGCGGCCGGGCCUUCAACCAGCACGGCCACCUCAUCCAGCACCAGAAGGUCCACAGAAAGCUGUGACCCCCGGCCGGCCGCAUUUAGAAGGCGCACAAGCCGGAAACAGCCUUCCUCCCCGGGGGGUGGGGGGGACACGGCAAGAGGCGUCUGCUAAAGCUGCAGGACCUUUCCCUGGUGACCCAGCCUCAUAAUUCUACUCCCUUCCUGGGAGAAGCAUCCGGCAAAUGUUAAAUUUCUUUUCCUCAACAUCUGGACGUUAUAUUAGAGAGCAAUCCUAUACGGAUAUCGGUAAAGACAGCUAGAAUUCUCCCUUUGGUUGAUUUGACAUGAACUGGGUUUGUUGAAGCAACUGAAAAGUUAAGGAAGGCCUAGGGACCACUGACAUUUCAUUUCAAAUGACGUUCCUUUUCUUACAUAGCUUCAUGGCUUUCCUAAAUGAAUCUGAUCAUUCUAAUAUUGUAUUUAAAUUUAGAAACGUUGGACUAUUGGCUGGGCGCGGUGGUGCACGCCUGUAAUCCCAGCACUUUGGGAGGCAGAGGCAGGUGGAUCUCUGUGAGUUCC